ACCUCCACAAUGACUAUCGGUUCACACCGAAUGACAUGAUGGUGAAGGUAGACGAACUCCAGAACUUCCCACGCCUUCGGUGUCUCGGCUCAAAUGGCUAUGAUUGGAUCGACAGAGAUGACAUAUAUACGUGGUUUCAAGAUCCAAAUCAACGGGCGAAUCGCACUGGAACGCUUGCUUAUGGUUUGAAAGCUACUCUACCGGACAGAAAACUGACAUAUAAAGAGGUUGGAAGAGUUUCCAAAUAUAUUGGCAGUGCAUACCAGAUGUUCUUCGUAGAGCUGUCCUAUUGCGACGAUAGAGCAGGAAAGAGAAGAGAACCGCCAUCUCUCUUUUAGGUCUCAGAUUACAAAAGUAUUCCUUCAACUGCUCAAAGCGAAUGCGAAUAUUAAAUUCGUGACUGUAGCCGAGGCAAUGUCGAAACACGGGAUGGAUUUUAAAGAGCUGUCGACGAUAAUUGACUGUAACAGGGAAACUUUGUUUAAAGGCGAUAGAUUACCAGAUGGAAGGUUACAGAAAAUUCUGUCGCCAAAAGAUGUUCCAGUCAUUGUGGAAUGGUUGGAUAUUAAAGCUUAUUUCAACCUGUUCCUGGAGCUUGGAUUGCCGCCGAAAACUAUCGAUGAGUUUGAUGACCAGUACAGAAACAAGUCAACUCGUGACAAGAUCAAAGCCUUGCUAAAAGCGUUCAUUAUUGAGACCAAACCUCGGCCAACACUGAACACAGUUUUGCUGGCGAUGCAGGAAUUCAACAUGGACACGCAGUCCCUAAUCACGGCCUUGGAGAUCACAUAGGUAUUGCUAUUUGAAUGUUUAU